ACCCGGAAGUGGCGGGUGGCUGAGGUGUCGGGAUGGCCCCGCCGGCCGGCGAGCGGUCCGGGGAAGCCGCGAAGGGGAAGCGUGAGCUCCCAUAUAAUAUGGGUUCUUUAAGCUUGCUUUGCAUGGAACUGUUAAGGAGUACAUUGUGCAUCAAGCAGCUGAAAUAUUCCUCCCAAAAAUCAUUAUGUCUCCAAGUUCCUAUUUGCACCAUUGGUUAAGGGGAAGAUACUUGUGCCUUGUGAAUCUGUGGCAUCUGGCUGAUAGCAGAAGUUCUGGCUCUUCCUCUGUCUCCUUAUCCUGAUUAAACUGUCCCAAAAUGGGUAGGAUCAGUAUCUCUUGCUUGUUUCCUGCUUCUUGGCACUUUAGCCUUUCACCCAUUGGAUGCCCUCGGGUAUUGAACACCACAUUACGGCAGAUUAUUGUCAUUGGGCUACUGACUGCGGCAUUUUUCUUGCUGUACUAUUCUGUUCUGAAAUAUGGUUAUCGGGACAAAAAACUGCACAGAUAUCUUGCUCGAGUGACAGACACAGAGGCCACAGAUACCAGCAACCCUAAACUGAAUUACGGCAUCAUGGUGGACUGCGGGAGCAGUGGGUCUAGGAUCUUUGUCUAUUGGUGGCCAAGACAUAACGGCAAUCCUCAUGAUUUACUGGACAUCAAACAAAUGAGGGACAAAAACAGAAAACCGGUGGUCAUGAAGAUUAAACCAGGCAUUUCAGAAUUUGCUACCUCUCCUGAAAAAGUCAGUGAUUAUAUUUUCCCACUUCUGAACUUUGCUGCAGAACAUGUGCCCCGUGCAAAACACAAAGAAACACCUCUGUAUAUACUCUGUACGGCAGGAAUGAGGAUUUUGCCAGAGAGCCAGCAAAAGGCAAUAUUGGAAGACCUGCUAACAGAUAUCCCGGUGCAUUUCGAUUUUCUCUUUUCAGACUCUCAUGCGGAAGUUAUUUCAGGAAAACAGGAAGGAGUCUAUGCAUGGAUUGGCAUCAACUUUGUCCUUGGAAGAUUUGAGCAUACAGAGGAUGAAGAUGAUGCUUUAGUGGAAGUCCAUAUACCUGGCAGUGAAAACAAGGAAGCCAUUGUUCGCAAGCGGACUGUGGGUAUACUUGACAUGGGUGGUGUGUCAACUCAAAUAGCGUACGAAGUCCCUAAAACUGUAAGCUUUGCCUCUUCACAGCAGGAAGAGGUUGCCAAGAACCUGCUUGCUGAAUUUAAUUUGGGAUGCGAUGCUCACCAGACUGAACACGUGUACCGAGUCUACGUGGCAACUUUUCUUGGAUUUGGUGGGAACGCUGCCCGACAGAGAUAUGUAGACAGCAUAUUCACCAAUACAGUUUUUAGAAACAGGCUUCUAGGCAAACAGACUGGCAUGACUUCUGACAGCCCUUAUCUAGACCCUUGCCUGCCUUUAGAUGUUGAGGAUGAGAUCCAGCAGAAUGGUCAGAUGAUGUAUCUGCGAGGGACAGGGGACUUUAACUUGUGUCGUGACAUUAUCCAGCCUUUCAUGAAUAAGACAAAUGAAACCCAGACCUCCCUCAAUGGGGUUUAUCAGCCUCCCGUGCACUUUGAGAACAGCGAGUUCUAUGGCUUCUCUGAGUUCUAUUACUGCACCGAGGAUGUAUUAAGGAUGGGUGGAGAUUAUAAUGCUACUAAAUUCAUCAAAGCUGCAAAGGAUUAUUGUGCAACAAAGUGGCCUGUUCUGCGGGAACGUUUUGACCGUGGUCUUUAUGCCUCUCAUGCGGACCUUCAUCGGUUAAAGUAUCAGUGCUUUAAAUCAGCCUGGAUGUAUGAAGUAUUCCAUAGUGGCUUCUCUUUUCCUGUAAACUAUGGCAAUUUAAAAACUGCAUUGCAAGUCUAUGAUAAAGAGGUGCAGUGGACACUCGGGGCCAUCCUCUAUCGCACACGAUUUUUGCCUUUGAGAGACAUCCAGCAGGAGAACUUCCGAGGCAGCCACUCUCAUUGGCGCAGCUUCUCCUUUGUUUACAAUCAUUAUUUAUUCUUUGCCUGCUUCUUCGUCGUCCUGCUCUCCAUCCUCCUGUACCUGCUGCGGUUACGGCGAAUCCACCGGCGAAGGCUGCACAGUGGCUCUUCCCCUUCCCUCUGGAUCGAGGAGGGUCUCCCCCCACAGAAGAUCCCGGGAGCCCUGUAGCGUGACCGAAGACCCACCACCGAAGACUUGCUCAAGAAAAAGCCAUUGUUUUGCCUCAGGGUUCUUCUCUCGCCCCUAAGAACCGUUGCCGGAGCCUCUCUCUCUUACUGCAAGGGCCAGUAUCACAAGAAAGAAUACAAAAACCGCCUCUAUAGAAGACUUGAGAUAUAAUAUAAAAAAAAGCAGGGUCAAGCUCAAGACUGGCUAGACUGGGGGACUAUCAGCCAAAAUUAUUUUCAAACGGUUACCUUAAAAGUACAUGCACUUUGAUGUGGGUGGAGUGGGUGUCGGGGAGGGGGGGUAAAUGGGAGGGGAGCUAUAGUGAAGACUUGAUGCCAGUAAAUGAAUAAAGGGGAAAGUAGCAAACAGCUCCAGACACUUUUAGA